UCCUUCGGCCAUCCCUACCCUAGCCUCCCCUUUUACGUUGCCGUCCUCCUUCUGUUCCCCUCCCUCUCCCCCUCCCCGGCAACGUCAUCAAGUCCUCUCCGGUCUCCACCCGCCGUGCCGUCGCCACCCUGACCCUCUCCGGGACCUCCCGUGCGCCCCACUCCUGAAUUCGAACCAUACCUAACCUCGCUUGCGACGAGCCGGACGCCACCCCCUCUCCCACGCGCGAUGGCGAACCCGAUGUACGGCUCCGGGCCGCUUCGAUCCAGGAACGCGUCGAGCUCGGACGAGAUCCAGCUGCGGAUCGACCCGGUGCAUGGCGAUCUUGACGAGGAGAUCGAUGGGCUGCACUCAAGGGUUCGCCUAUUGAAAGGCGUUGCCCAAGAGAUAAACUCAGAGGCCAAGUUCCAGAAUGAUUUCCUCAAUGAACUGCAAAUGACCCUUAUGAAAGCUCAGGCUGGAGUCAAGAAUAACAUGCGAAGGUUGAACAAGAGCAUCAUCCAGCAGGGCUCAAAUCACAUUGUCCAUGUUGUCCUUUUCGCUUUAUUGUGCUUCUUUGUUGUCUAUUUUCUGUCGAAGUUCUCUAGAAGAUAGGACUGUCAAAUCAACUCAAAUGUGCCGUGAGUUGUAUGUAGUUUCAAAGUGCAAAUAUCUGGGCUUGUGGUCUAUACAUGUCUUGAGCAGAACGGAAUAGGGAAAAACGAAGGAACUUUCUAAUGUCAUGAAUUGACUACAGGGGGUCUGACAUUUGGAAAGCACGUUCUGCAGCAUGCAGCGUGUAUCCUGGAAAGAGAUAUUGUUGGUUUAUUACAUAGUUCAUGAAUUAACACGGGUAGUACUUGGUUUGAGAAA